ACUCUGGUGGGGGGACCUGUGUGUGCCCCCCAGCCCCGCUGGAGUGGGGGUUCCCGUGGCCACUGAGGGACAGCUCCGGGGGGUUCCUGGACUCCAUCGUCCCGCCCAGCCUGGAGCAGCAUCUCGUGUGCUGGGUCCCCCCAUCCGGCGCCCGCAGACCCGCCGGGGCUGGCAGCUCUGGAAAGCCGGUUCUGCUUUCCUGGCCAAGGUCACUGACGCAACAGGGAAAGUUCCCAGCUGGCACCUGGGGGGAACAGCCAGUGCAGCUGCAGCCAUGGCACUCUGCACCUUCACCCUCCUCCUCCUCCUCCUCCUGCAGGACAUGCUGACCUUCCCGGAGCAUGGACACUGCCUCCAGCGGCAGAAGAGGGACUGGAUCAUCCCCCCCAUCAACUGCCCCGAGAAUAAUCAGGGACCCUUCCCCAAGAAGCUGGUGCAGAUCAAAUCCAGCAAGGACAAGGAGACCAAGGUUUUCUACAGCAUCACGGGGCAGGGAGCAGACACCAUCCCCGUGGGUGUCUUCAUCAUCGAGCGGGAGACGGGGUGGCUGGAGGUGACAAAACCCCUGGACCGGGAGGACAAGGAUAAAUAUGUGCUCUACUCCCAUGCUGUGUCAGCCAACGGGCAGCCUGUGGAAGACACCAUGGAGAUCAUCAUCACCGUCACUGACCAGAACGACAACCGGCCCGUCUUCACCCAGGCAGUUUUCCAGGGCUCUGUGCUGGAGGGAGCUAAGCCAGGCACGUCGGUUCUGCAGGUGCUGGCCACCGACGCAGACGACGCCGUGAACACCAACAAUGGCGUUGUGAGAUAUUCCAUCCUGAGCCAGGUGCCAGAGAAGCCCCAGCCCGGGAUGUUCACCAUCGACAGCAGCUCUGGGCUGGUCUCUGUAGCCAGGCUGGGGCUGGUGGCAGAGGUUGUCCCUGAAUACACACUGGAGAUCCAGGCUGCCGACCAGGAGGGGAUGGGGCUGCGAGCCACCGCCACGGCCCGCAUCACGGUGCAGGUGAGACGCUGAGCCCCCCGGUGCCCCGGCAGUGCAGAAGGGCAGGGCGAGGCUGUGGUGGAGCCGGUGCUGGCUCCUGACAGCCCCACGCGCCCGGCUGCCGCAGCACCGAUGCGCUCCAGGUGCUUUCCGUGGUGGGAGGCGAGACCGGGAUGGCAGCUGUGCUGUGGCUCCUCCUGGCCCAGUGCCCCAGCUUCCCACCGGGCUCUGGGCCACCAGCCUCGGGGCCACGGCGCUGCCGGAGCGUGGGUGCCAGCGGGGCUCCUGGGCACAGCUCCCAGCGGGAAGCCGCCCGUGCGGCUCGGCCCAGCCGGGGAGGAGCACCCGGUUCUGCGGGAGCCCCGUGCCAGGAUAGCGGCAUCCAGCCGCGCCAGCUCCACCGGGAGAGCCGUGGCGCCACGGGAGGCCGGGCUGGGGAUGGCGUUUUGUGCAGGGUCAUCGGCCACAGGUCCCUGGCCGAG